AUGGAGGAAGGUUUUCGACCCAUGGACAGCGUGCGUGGCUUCCACCUCCGCGUCCUGGUGACCCAAAUUCUGGCGCACAUCAACAACCCCACAAGAGAUCGUGCUGGAAUACGAUCUGAGAUAAGUGCAAGAAGUGGGGAGUGA